UAAUCUAACUCAUGGAUUGGAUAGUACAAAUUAUCCCUUUGGACCCUAAUUGUUCUUCAAUUUUCACUUGCUCUCAGUUUACAGCUCUAGUCUCUUCGAUCUUCAUUUCACCCUUCCCCAAAAUUCUCUCCCUCUAACAACGCAACCUUCAAUCGCAGCCUGCUUCUAGGAGCCUUCAUUCGUGCAAAUAUGCGGUUGUAUUACGGAGCCAAAGAGAUUCUAAAGAUUCAAAAAUUUCGAAGAAUUGUGUCCUAUACUGGAUUCUAUCUUUUCGCAUCUGUUUUGAGUUACGCUUAUGCAAGCAAUACAACUAGAGCUGGGUAUUCACGAGGGGAUCAAUUUUAUGCUUCUUACUCUGCUGGUACAGAGCUCUUGACAGACACUUCAAAGUUGUAUAAAGCUGCUCUUGGUAAUUGCUUUGAAUUAGAGGAAUGGGGUCCAAUUGAAUUUUGCAUCAUGGCAAAACAUUUUGAGCGUCAAGGAAAAUCGCCUUAUGCAUAUCACUCUGUAUUAUAACUCACAAUGGCUUCAAGAAGACAAGUCUUGAGUCCCACCACAUCAAGGCAAGAGAGAGGAUGAAGUAUGCUAAGAAAUAUUUUAGUUUAGAGGAUGAGCGCACAGAAGUGAACAUUGAAUUUGUCAAUUUCUCUAUAAUGUCUGAACAGUUUGUUGAUCAUGAAUCCUUGCAUAAUAGAUAUGAUAUGCCUUUGAAGAGUUGGUGGGCCAUCCAUGGUGGUUUUACUCCAACUUUACCGUCACUAGCUAUGAAGUUACUUAUUCAGCCUUCACCCUCAUGUUGUGAGAGAAUUUGGAGUACAUAUUCAUUUGUGCACGACACCACAAUGCGCAGAAGACUUGGUGUACAUCCAUAGCAAUCUACGUCUUUUAUCUAGAAAAACUCCUGAAUAUCUCUAAGGAGACAAAAAUGUGGAACAUUGUUAGGGAUUUGUUUGAUUCCUUUGAAGAUAAGAGAAUGCUUGACGUGGCUAGUUUAUCUUUGGACGAACCAGAAUUAAAAGUUAUAGUUUUUAUCGAUGCUGGUGUUGAGGCUCAAGUUCAGGAUUCUCUAGAGGACAUUGGAGAAGAAUGAAGACAUGUUCUUGAUUUUAUUUUAUAGUUUUGUAGUUUUUUACUUUUUGGCUUUUGUUGUGUUGAACAAACUAUACUAAAAUUUGUUAUGUCAUAUGGCUCUAAACUUGUUAUUUUGAUGUUUUUAAUUGGAAUAUUUCACCAUA